AUGGACAGCCUGCAAACGCUCGAGUUGACCGUGGAAGCCGACAAGGGCGUCGCUCUCGUUCGAUUCAACCGCCCGGCCAAGAGAAACGCCUUCUCUCAGGUCAUGAUCGGCGAAAUUAUCGCGACACUGGUGCAUCUCGAUGCCUUGGAAGCCGUCCGCGCCGUGGUCAUCACCGGCGGCCCUGAUGGGCCCUUUUGCGCCGGAAUGGAUCUGAACGAGCUGGUGCAGAUCUCCACGGCAGAGGCCCACAACAGGGCCUUCCUCAAGGACCUAACAGACGCCUUUGCCAGGUUCUCCAAGCCCAUCAUCGCGGCUGUCGUCGGAUUUGCCUGCGACAUGAUCUAUGCCGCUGAGGACGCCUCCUUCGGCCUCCCUGAGAUCAAGAUCGGAACCAUCCCGGGUGCUGGCGGAACUCAACGGCUGGCGCGCGCCCUUGGAAAGCACAAGGCUAUGGAGUUCGUCCUGACGGGCGAUUCAGCAAGCGGAGCCGAGUUUGAGCGACUGGGCGUGGUCAACAAGGUGUUCCCGCGCGCAGAGGUCGUCCCAGCGGCCCUCAAGCUCGCUGAGCGCAUUGCCGUCAUGUCGGGCCCCGUCGUCAAGACGGCUAAGCAGGCUGUCCUCACCGUUGAAAAUAGCCACUUGGACGCCGGGAUGACCAUGGAGAAAUCUCUUUACUACUCGACUUUUAGCCUUGGCGAUUUCAAUGAAGGGAUGUCGGCCUUCCUCCAAAAGAGACGUCCCGAAUUCAAGCAUCAGUAA